UCGAGAGAGACAAAAUAAAUGAAAAACAUGGUUGGAAAAAGGAGCAAGUUGUAGAAAAAAUUAUUAGUGUUUAGUUGAACCGGAAAUUGGAGCCUUGUAAGAAUUGGAUUUCUCUUGAGACAUGUUAUCCUCCAGGCUUGUCGGUGUUCUUGUCCAGUUUCUUCUUCUGAUCGUGUUUGUGUCUAGUCCAGCCCAUGCCAAAUCCAGCAAUAGUUCUAAAGAAGUAGUCGAAGAGGACGCCACCGUUGCAGCAUCAACGACGACCGAACAAGGGCAAAGCGUCGCUGAAAAGAGAAGCAUUUCCGGUAUCGCAUCUCUUCUCCAUCACAUCACAGACUUGCAAAAACUGGGCGGACUUGCACAGAUUUCUCAACUACACAGCAAUCUUCCAGCCUCCCUUUCCUCCAGUUCGUCUGGGUUUGAGGAUUACGGGAAUGGUGGCGGCGGUGGUGGUGGUGGACAAAAUGACGGGUCCAAUUACGACACUAAUUACAACUAUGAUGAUAAGAGCAGCAGCAGCAACAGUGAUAAAAUGGGCAGAGGGAAGAAUAAUUAUGAUGACAUUAGAAGCUUAACGACCUCUUCAUCACCGAAAAGUCGGUACAGUGGUGGGAACAGCUUUCCCGGGUCACGGUUCCCCCCACGGUUUCCCCCGCCGGAAGAUAUCUUCCGAGAUUUCAGCUCCGAUCGACAUCAUACCGAAAAGGAUGGGAACUCGAAGGGGAAUAAGGACAGUUUUUCCAGUAAUGACGGGUAUGACGAUUACAGCGAUAAGGAUCGUGAUCGAGGCUACUUUGAUAACACGUACUACCCCACGGAAGAUUCAAACAGUAAUAAUAAAAAACAAUCUGGUGGCGGAGAUAAUAAUGACGACACGCCAUUUUUUCCAUCCCACGGAGUCCCCACCAGCCCACACAAGGCGCCGUCGUAUCGACCCCUUCAAACCCCGCAGGAGUAUCGGCUUCCUCUCUACACGAAUAAUUACGGUGGUGUUGCCAGUCUGCGUGGAAAAAAUUAUAACGCAAUUCCCAAUUCUAAUCAGAAAUUAGGUUUGUCCAUGUCCUACUAUCCUGGAGGGAGAGGAGGAAGCAGUGGUGGUGGUGGUGGUAGUGGCGUAAAUAACGAAUUAUUAGGUUACCACCACCCAGACAGCCACCCAAACUUCGUCGACCCCACGACCCGCCAUCACCAACUUCUUUCCAGAUACGCGUCCGGAAACAAGAGCCCGAGUCGCGGUGAAGGUUUCCCAUACGGUCUCCCACUUCCCCCAAUUCCGCCCGGAUUCGGUGGACAAGAUUACCCGGAAUCGAACCCCAGAGGAAAUAAGAAGGCAAACUCUCGUGAAACCAGCUAUAGCCGAGGGUACGUCCCAUCCUCACCGUACGACCACUUUCCCCACGCCUCAGCCCCCACGCAAGUCGAAAGCUAUGGCGCAGUGUCACGCAAGACGUCAUCAUCAUCACCACGGAAACAGGACGAUGGCGAGGAUGAUCAUCAUCAAGAUGAUGACGAUGACACUUCCGGUUAUAGCGGUCUGACUGACCGACCACCACCACCAGCACCCACACCAUCCUCAUCGUCACGACCUAUCCGCUACAACGAGUACGGUUAUCCAACCACCACAUCCACAGUAAAUUCAUACCCCACCACACCCCCAAGUCCGACCUCGCCGUACAUGCUGAGUGCCGAGAAUGACUACCAGAAUCAAAUUCAACUCACCAACGCUGCAAAUUUCGGACUCUCUGCCCCCUUAACGUCCCAAUUGAAUAAUUACCCACUUCUCACUAAUGCACUGAACGGUCUUUCCGCCGCUUCCGCCAUGUCACCCGCGUCCCCCUCGUUGUACGACGGUUUGGCAGGAUAUGGGCUCGGUACUAGUAGUGGAAGUGCCGGAUUUGGUGGCGUAUUUUAGCUAACGUCGCACCAAACCACCAAGUAUAAUUGUUAUUGUUAUCUUUGUUUCAUAGUGAGAGUCACUUUUCGCUCUCUCUCCUCCUGUCAUUAGUGUAUACAUAAGUUGGGUUGGGCAUAUGUACGGGUGGCUGGCGUGGUGGUAUCAGAUACGACUUGUAUAUGAUCAUUACCACCACGAAUUAAUUUAAUGGGGAACGAAAUAAAAGUUGAGAGCAUAACAGUUGCA